CAAGUUCAUUCCUCCAAUUUCUAGCUCCCCGAGAUCUCCGACUAGUACUGGAUCGAAUAGUGUUCCUAAUUUUAAGAAUGUUUCAUCGAUUCCUCAAUCUCAUGAACCUCCUCCUCCUCCUCCCACUCCUGUUUUUGGUGCUGGUAUACUCUUCAUUUAUCUAACUUCAUUGAAACCUAUGUUUUUAUUUUGUUGAAUUUUGUUAUUCGAGUGUGGCUUUACUUGAUUUUGAUGUUUUUAACUGUGCAUGUUUGCAUUUAUUGAUUUUGUUAAUUUAGUAAAUUGAACUGAUUGUGAGGAUUUUAGCUGCUUAUGGAUCAAUUUUAAGAAAUGGAGAUAAGCCUUUUCAGAUUGUGUUUGUAGACCUUAAAUUUGAUAUUGUUGUUGAUUGUUCGAAGUUGAUGAGUGAUUCUUAUCUGGCGAUGCUUUUUGUUGGAUCUCUAAUGUAGAAAUUAAUGUGCGAGGAGGGAGAAUGUUAUUAGGUAUUAACAUGAGGAUUAUGUUUUGAUUGAUAUGCUCCUACAAAGAGAGCAAAAGCAUAGUGUGAAAUCAAUGCUUUAUCAUAUCGUAUCAGUCGAUAUGUACAGACUUUUUUAUCUACCGAACAGAUACUACACACAUCCUAAAGGUAUACCACAUUUUGGGCCGGUUCAAAGGAUAUUAUAUAUGAUAUUUCACUAGAGGGGUUCAAAAUAGACCCGAUGUUACAUUGCUCGGCCUUGUAUGACUGAACCCGGCUUUACCCCGAAAUGGAUUCAAAACAAUGUAAAAAUCAAUGUAAAUGCAAGACUUGUUUUGACCCAACCAGAAACAACGGACUUGAACUGAUGAUCCGAAUGAACACCUCUAGUUUCGUUCAAUUAAUCACUAAAACUGCACUAUGAAUGGAAGGUUGAACUUUGAGGAAACUCUUAAGGUUUCAAGUUUUCACUCUUUGUUGUGAGUUGUGAUGAUAGCGGAAGCGUUCACCCAAAAACAAUAAGGAAACAAUAAAACGAAUAACAACAAUAAGAAAACACACCAAGAAUUAACAUCAUUCAAUGUGAUAAUACAUUUUCACUAUGUAAGGAGAUGAGAAUACAAGAUGACAAAGAAUUUUAUCUUGCUCCCUAAACUCUCAAUUUUGUGCCUCUCAAGAUUUUAAUCCUCUCCUCUUAACCCUAAACUUAAGUAUUGGAGGUGUUUAUAUAGUAAACCACCUUUACAGAGUAUAAUUAGGGUAUUAAGAAACUAAUUAAAAACUUAAUUGUUGAAUUAAAUCGUGUAGAAAUGUGCAAUAGUCUCGCCCGAAACUCCAAUGCCCUAAAACUUCUGUCUUUUACGCAUGCUCAUCUCGACCGAGAUUAAUGGUAGUCUUGGUUGAGACUAAGCCCAAUGCUGACGAAUCCUCUUCAACCAACUCCACUUGUUUCUUUUCAUGUUCUAGACUUAAACACGUCAUAAUUCAAGUUAAACAUCAGCACUCUUAAUGUAUUUCUAUGGUUUAUAUAAGUAACUUGAGAUGUUUAAUUUUAUAUUGCUUGACUGUAUCAUGAGAUUGGAAUUUUGAGGACUAGGAAUCAGCUUAUAGUUUCGAGGUGCAGAGAGCUAGGUUUCCUUGACUCAGGGACAAGGUAAAGUGAGUACGGCUUUACAGGUCAAGUAUCAAGUAUUUGUUGGCACCUGAUGCUUAAUGGACACCAGGUGGCAUGGAUGGUAGGAAAUCUAGGUUUCCAAGUGAUCAGAGUCGGGAAAAUGCAACAGCAAGGAAGCACAAGGGAAUUAUGAUUGCGGAUACUCCUAUCACCGAAUCAUCUGCAUCUUUGACAUCUAACCUUCUACAGAGAUCAUCAUCUGCUAAACCUGGCCAUUCUUUUCAAUCUGGUAUUCAAGCUGUUGAGAGUCCAGAUGUGCAUGUACAAAUAAUAAAGAAUAAAGGAAAGAGUCUCGUAGAUGAUUCUGUCAUCAAAAUCUCUUCAUCUUUGACACCAAAGUACAAGAUGUCAUCAUCUACCUUUGAUGAUUCUCUAUUUGAAAAAUCAGCAGCUCACAGUCAGAAAAAACUGCAUGAAGAAAAAAUGAAAGAUAAGGGAAAGACGAUUUUGGAGAAUCCCAACAUUGAGCCAUCUAAAUUCUUAACUGCUCAUGUUUCUCAUGCGUUAGUUGCUGCAUCAGGUACUGGUGAAAGAACUGUAACUGUGUAUAAUCAAAGUAGAGGCCAUCCAGGAAGAAAGCGAGCAGCUGGGAAGAUCAAUUUGUCUAUGCAUUACCCUUCUCAUGACAAGAUAAUGAAAAAUGGAUUUGAAUUUGAUUAUGAAGAGGGCCUUAUUCAACCUGAAUCACACCUUGAUCCUCUUGCAAGGCGUAAUAAGAAGAAGCAGUCUCGUAAAAAGCAUGAUGGUUCUGUGCAUCUUUUACCUCAAGAAAUGGUCGAAAAGCUUCAGUCAUAUUAUGCAGGCAUAGAUGCUUUUGAACUACAAGAGGAGGAAGCAUCAGAAAGUGAGCUAGAAGGGAAUCGACGUAAGUGUUAGGCUUCAGAAAGCAAGCAUUCCAAGUUUUGUAUAGCUGCUGCUAUUAUACAACUACGGUAAGUAAAGACUGGUUACAUAGUGUACAUCAGAGUACUUACAAUGCUAACAUCAAAAGGUAUAUAAAAUUGUAUAAAACUUCAAUCUCAAAAGUGAUAAUUCCAGCUUUAAAUCUUUAAUUUGAGUAAACUAUAACAGAUGCAUAUUACUUUGCCAUUGAAAAUUCUUGUCCUAAUUAAAUGAUCCAAUUCAUAAUGACACAUAAGUCUAACACAAUUUUUCAUGUGAGACAGUCACACCGUAAGUCGCUCUCCAUAUAUCAUUUAAAUAGCCCAACUAAUACAGUUAUGAGCUUCUUGUUUUGAGGUCGUCUCAUCGAGAGACGGCCUUUCACAAGAAUAGCUAUAAGUUUGAUUAAAGGGGAUUAUAUCUUAAUAAAACCAAUUGUUACAAUAGUUGUAAUAGUUCAUUAAAUUGUUGUUAAUGGAUAAAUGUCACUUACUCACACCUCACAAGUGUAAAUCAUUCAAUAAUAAUGCAAUUAAUCUUUAGCUGCCGAGUGGGCUAAGGGAAAGGGAGAGCUAGGAGAUGAGGAUAGUGAGAAGAAUUGAACUCAGGUUUUUUAUGAAAAACUGGUACAUGUUUUAACUUAAAGAAGACCUAAUUGUCUCAAUUCCAUCUUGGAUAACGUAUAGUUUCAUUCUGUGGGAUAAUACUUAAAAAUAUAAAUAAUUGAUUUCGAUGUGACCACGCAUAUGAAUUUUAGAGUCUAAUCUCACCACAUGGGAUGAAUGAUAAUUAGGUAGCUUAGAACUACUACUUAUCUACUUCUAUUGCUACACAUGGCUCCAAUUCAAAACAUUAGGACAUGGGUAACCCUACAAUUCUAGUACAUACUAAGCUAUGAUGUAACAUUUUAGUAAUUAAAGUUAAAUCUUUUAAAUCUAAUUACAAAUUAGUACUACGUGAUCA